AUGGGAAUAUGCUGUUCUGUUGAGCGCGAUGAAACUCAGUUUGUACAAUGUCAAGGUCACCACAGCUUUUGUGUUUACCACGAGGAUGCGUACGGCAAACACACCUGCAAUAUUGUGUAUCGGCCCCCUUAUCUCAAUGAAAGACUGGCUCCAGGCGAAGCGAAGCCACGAUUUUGGAUCAACCCAAACAACAUUCACCACAAACAUGCAAUGGUCAGUGUAACUUGGUGCCAGUAUAGUCAGCCUCGACAUCUGAACAUGUUGCGGCUGAUGAAAUCUAAAGCGUACAGCAUAAGAAAGCAGGAGGAAGUUAGGGCUGGUACCAAGCAGCCGAAAGAUGACUCAGUUGUGGGAGGUAGCAAGGAUGUUUUGAACCCAGUUGUGGGAGGUAGCAAAGAUGUUUUGAACAUGUGCGUCGUCAAGGCUGAAGACAACAGCAUUUCAGUUAAAAUGUACCCGACAUUCCUCGUUCCCUGCAUCGGCAAGCCAGUGAGAAUACGACUCGUAUUUAUGGACCCAAAGACUGAGCAACUUGUUGGCGAGUACAGUCAUCUCAAGCACAGCAAUGGCAGGGAGGCAGAGACCAUGUUGGAAAUUUCACACUUGAUUCGAAACAUGCAUUUUCUGAAACUGCACUUGACAUACAGCUCUGUGGUGCAUGGUUUGCCUGAUGCCACCCUGGAAGAGAGCCAUGGUGGCGUCAAACGACUGAAGAAAGUCAGAUACAGGCCCAUGCCGAUCACCUGGAUCGAUCUUGACCAUCGAAAGCCCACCAUUAAAGUUGUUGGUGAACAAUUUGAAUUGACACUAGCACCUGCAUGUCCAUCUCUCAAACCUGAAGACUUCAUGGAUGGAAAUGGAGAAAUACCUUUCAUCUUAGGCACCUAUGUCAGAGCUCUUGAUACUUGUCCCAGUCAGCAACUCCAAUUUAGUGCCCGUUUAUUUCACUGGUUCAACCAGUCACUGCCCAUUGAAUGCUGCAGUAACAUCAGCACUACUUGCUGA